AGUUUUAGUUAAUAUGGUAACACCGAAAUCUACAAGUCGAAAUUCGAAUGAAUAAUGGAAUAAUGGCUGCUAUGUCUCCGUCUGAGAGAAGAUUACAGAAAGAAUUGAUGUCACUAAUGAAAGAACCCCCACCGGGUGUAACAGUGGACGGUAAUCAAGCAAGUAACAAUCUAACACUAUGGAUAGUUCACAUGGAAGGUGUGCCGGGGACUCUUUAUGAGGGUGAAAAAUUCGUGCUGCAGUUUAAAUUCACACACAAAUAUCCCUUCGACUCACCAGAGGUAACAUUCGUCGGCAACAACAUCCCGGUGCACCCGCACGUGUACUCCAACGGCCACAUCUGCCUCUCCAUACUCACGGACGACUGGUCGCCCGCGCUCUCCGUACAGUCGGUCUGCCUCUCCAUCGUGUCCAUGCUCAGUAGCUGUAAAGAGAAGAAACGGCCGCCGGAUAACUCGUUUUAUGUGAAAACCUGCAACAAAAAUCCUAAGAAAACGAAAUGGUGGUACCAUGAUGAUUCAGUUUAACCUCACAUCGCGGCUGUAAGAGCACGGACGAUGAAAUCUAAUUGUGAUAAGUGUUAUAUUGAUACAAUAUGUUAACGUAUAUGUUAUGUAUAUAGUGCGCUCCGGAUGGUGAAACAUGUUUUUUUAAUGGAGAGCUGGAUUCAAGUCAUUUGCUCCAUGGAAAUGUCAGUGUUGCCCUCUGCAAUGUUAAAAUCAGUGUUCUCAGUUCAACGCAUGCUUCACACUACAUUGCCUAGAAGUGUAUUUUUGUGUACUAUAUCUUUUAUGUUUGCGGCUGAAUGGGAAAAAGAAAAAAAUGAAAUCCUAAGUAUUUAGUCUAAGGUAAGAAAUUGGGAAACAAAAAUAGUAAUUCUUUAAAUCGUA